AUGGCUGGGCUUUACGACCUACCUCCCGAGAUCCUGACAAUGAUUUUCCAAAGUUUACCUUUUUCAGCAAUUCUAUCAACUUGCCUCGUUUCUCGAUAUCUUCAUGCUACUUCGCUCUCCUUCCUUGUUGCUUCAUUCCACGUGGAGUGCAAGACAUCGCUGUUUCGGAGAAGAUUGCAGUCGUUCCUGGAAACUAUCAUCAAAAAUAAUGCCGGGCAAUAUGUGAAGUCAGUCUCUUUUGACAGAAUUGAGGAGAUUCUGCCUUAUGAGUCUGUAUAUCUAUAUAAAUUCUUGCCCCAGCUAUCACCACAGAUACCAAAUAUACGGCAGCUUGCAAUUUCUGGGGACUUCUAUUUCUUGUCCAUGCUGAGUGAUUUUCCAUUUCAACAUCUAGAAGAGCUCUACUGUGUACAGAGUGGGCCUGCAAUAUGGAAAAUUAUUCAUCUUUUCCCGCGGCUAUCUCUGUUAUCAUUGAGGAAACAUUAUUGCGAUACAGUACAGUUAUCUGCACUUAAUCUUCCGAUCAAACAAAUCUUGCUCGAUGAAUGCAAUCUCAACACAGAAUCUUUAUGCCUGAUAAUCAGGAGCUGCAAGUGUCUAGUGAGCUUCCAGUAUCUCCAUCCUCUAUCUUUUCCGAUAUUUCGAACACCUAUUCCUCUCAAUUCUCGAGACAUACAUGCAGCUCUUCUUACUCACAAGGAAAGCCUGGAGGAACUUGUUGUUGAAGUCUGUAAAAACAGUGUUGCAUACGAUAAUACUCCUAGGUUUGGAUCGUUCGAAGACUUUCCUGUUCUCCACAAACUGGGUGUGGAGUGCAACACUCUCAGCACACAAAUCCCAUUACCUCCAUCAAUGCGUUCAAUAGUUAUCAGACGUUGUGAUCCUGCCGAAGCACCAAAUAUAAUAUUUUAUUUCGGCAGGCAUCCAACAGUGGAAGUAAUUCAGUACAACUACACGGAUGGACACAUCGGUCGUUUUAUCAAACAGCAUCAGCAUCUGGGAAUGAUACGUAAGGAUAUCCAGGUUGAACCUGCGAAUUUCGAUCGGGUUCCUUCCAAAUAUGUGUUUCAUACGCGAGGACGAUCUUGGCAUUCACGUAUGAUCAACUCGAACUGA